CUAUAUGACGUCGGGGUGAAUUCGCCGUAAUGGUGGACGUAGCUGCUGCAGCCGUUGGAGCUGGGCUCGAUGUAAACACAGCCGGAAACUCGACCGACAUGGCCAUGGCGUAUUUACAAGACGAGAACACUGAUGGAGAAAUGCCCAACCUGAACCUGGGGGAGCUGGACCUCACCACGGACGAGUUCAUCCUGGACGAAGUGGACAUUCACAUCCAGGCCAACCUGGAGGACGACCUCGUGAAGGAGGCGCUCAGAACGGGCGUGGACCUCCGGCAGUACUCCAAGCAGGUGGAGGCGGAGCUACAGAGGAUCGAACAGGCGUCCAUCAAAGACUACAUCAAAGAGAGUCAAAACAUCGCUCUCCUGCACAACCAGAUCACCGCCUGUGACUCCAUACUGGAGCGCAUGGAGGGCAUGCUGAGCGGCUUCCAGAGCGACCUGUCCUCCAUCAGCAGUGAGAUCCAGACGCUGCAGCAGCAGUCCGUCAGCAUGAACGUGCGGCUGAAGAACCGGCAGGCGGUGCGCAGCCACCUCAGCCAGCUGGUGGACGAGCUGGUGGUGCCCGGGGCCAUGAUCUCCUCCAUCCUGGACAGCCCCGUGACGGAGCAGGAGUUCCUGGAGCAGCUCCACGAGCUCAACAACAAGAUCAACUUCGCUAAGGAGCUGAGCUUCAGGGAGACGCUGGCCUGCUCCGACAUCCAGGACAUCGUGGACCGGCUGAAGCUCAAGGCCGUGUCGAAGAUCCGAGAGUUCAUCCUCCAGAAGAUCUACUCCUUCAGGAAGCCCAUGACCAACUACCAGAUCCCCCAGAACACACUGCUGAAGUUCAGGUUCUUCUACCAGUUCCUUCUGGCCAAUGAGAGGACGGUGGCGAAGGAGAUCCGAGACGAGUACGUGGACACGAUGAGUAAGAUCUACUACAGCUACUUCAAGUCCUACAGCGGCAGGUUGCUCAAAGUGCAGUACGAGGAAGUGGCAGACAAAGACGACCUGAUGGGAGUCGAAGACACGGCCAAGAAAGGCUUCUUCUCCAAACCGUCUCUGAGGAGCAGGAACACCAUCUUCACGCUGGGCCAGCGGGGGGCGGUACUGAGCCCCGCGGAGCUGGAGGGGCCCAUCCUGGUCCCCCACACGGCCCAGAGGGGGGACAGCAGGUACCCGUACGAGACGCUGUUCCGCAGCCAGCACUACGCGCUGCUGGACAACGGCUGCAGGGAGUUCCUGUUCCUGGCCGACUUCUUCAUGGUGGCGGGGAACUCGGCCCUGGACCUGUUCAACAGCAUCAUGGGGAAGACGCUCAGCAUGUUCCUGAAGAGCUUGUCUGCGUACGCGUCCGACUGCUUCGACAGCAUCGCCGUGUUCCUCUGCAUCCACAUCGUGCUGCGCUUCAGGGCCGUCACGGCCAAGAGGAGCAUCCCGGCCCUCGACAAGUACUGGGAGGCGGUGCUGGAGCUGCUGUGGCCGAGGUUCGAGCUCAUCCUGGAGAUGAACAUCCACAGCAUCCGGAACACAGACCCCCAGAAGCUGGGAGUCCUGGACACCAGACCCCACUACAUCACUCGUCGCUACGCAGAGUUCUCGUCGGCCAUCGUCAGCAUCAACCAGACGUUUCCCAACGAGAGGACCAACACCCUGCUGGGACAGCUGCUGGUGGAGGUGGAGAACUUUGUGCUGAAGAUGGCGGCUGAGUUUCCCUCCAGGAGAGACCAGCUGAUCUUCCUCAUGAACAACUACGACAUGAUGCUCAGCGUCCUCAUGGAGAGGGCGGCAGACGACAGCAAAGAGGUGGAGGGAUUCCAACAGCUGCUCCUGGCCCGCACUCAGGAGUUCAUCGAGGAGAUCCUGUCUCCUCCCUUCGGAGGGAUGAUCUCCUUCGUGAAGGAGGCCGAGGCGUUGAUGGAGAAAGGUCAGCUGGACCGACUGAAGAACGACGAAGUUCGCAUCACUCAGCUGGUUCGGGGCUUCUCCAGCUCGUGGAAGCAGUCGGUGGAGUCCAUGAGUCAGGACGUCAUGAGGUCCUUCACCAACUUCAAAAAUGGAACCAGCAUCAUCCAGGGCGCCCUGACCCAGCUGAUCCAGUACUACCACGGCUUCCACAAGAUCCUCAACCAGCCCGCCUUCCGCAGCCUGGCCGUCCGCUCGGAGCUCAUCAACCUGCACCACCUCAUGGUGGAGGUGAAGAAGCACAAGCCCAACUUCUAACAUGGGGUCACAUGGGGUCACAUGGAGUCACAUGGAGUCACCUCGGGUCACAUGGGGUCACAUGGGGUCACAUGGGGUCACCUCGGGUCACAUGGGGUCACAUGGAGUCACAUGGGGUCAGCUCGGGUCACAUGGGGUCACAUGGAGUCACCUCGGGUCACAUGGGGUCACAUGGGGUCACAUGGAGUCACCUCGGGUCACAUGGAGUCACCUCGGGUCACAUGGGGUCACAUGGGGUCAGCUCGGGUCACAUGGAGUCACAUGGGGUCACAUGGGGUCACAUGGGGUCACAUGGGGUCACAUGGAGUCACAUGGGGUCAGCUCGGGUCACAUGGGGUCACAUGGGGUCAGCUCGGGUCACAUGGGGUCACAUGGGGUCACAUGGGGUCAGCUCGGGUCACAUGGAGUCACAUGGGGUCACAUGGAGUCACCUCGGGUCACAUGGGGUCACAUGGGGUCACCUAGGGUCACAUGGAGUCACCUGGAGUCACCUCGGGUCACAUGGGGUCACCUGGAGUCACCUCGGGUCACAUGGGGUCACAUGGGGUCACCUCGGGUCACAUGGGGUCUGAGGUCUCUGUCCAUGAAGUCUCUGAAUGUUUCUACUUAUUUUCUUUCUCAUUGAAAUGUGAUAAAAAAAACAAGAAAACUGAAAUAAUAUAAAACAAAUUAUUUUAUUAAACACUGAAAGUGUGAUUUUAUUUAAUGUGCAUUAAUAAAUCAUUCGUAACUUGUGAGAAGCUA